CGAGCGCAGACCUGCCAACGCCCGGCGCAGAGAAGCUGAGAGGAUACGGUGAGUGGAAACGAAGUGUUCACUUACAGCGACCUGUUUGGUGUUCCAGUGACUAUUACAGAUCUUGAAUGAGAAGAGUGGAUUCUGAAAAGGCACAGCUAUGCAGACGAUCAAGUGCGUUGUGGUUGGCGAUGGUGCUGUUGGUAAAACCUGCCUAUUAAUCUCCUACACAACUAACAAAUUCCCCUCUGAAUAUGUACCAACGGUGUUCGAUAACUAUGCAGUCACAGUUAUGAUUGGUGGGGAGCCCUACACCCUGGGACUGUUCGACACUGCAGGUCAGGAAGAUUAUGAUAGAUUACGACCUCUGAGCUACCCCCAAACAGACGUGUUCUUAGUCUGUUUCUCUGUCGUAUCUCCCUCUUCAUUUGAAAACGUCAAAGAAAAGUGGGUACCUGAGAUUACCCACCACUGUCCAAAGACCCCCUUCCUGCUGGUGGGCACGCAGAUCGACCUGAGAGACGACCCGUCCACCAUCGAGAAGCUCGCCAAGAACAAACAGAAACCCAUCACCCCGGAGACGGCUGAGAAACUGGCCCGUGACCUGAAGGCAGUGAAAUACGUUGAGUGCUCCGCCCUCACUCAGAAAGGCCUAAAGAAUGUAUUUGACGAGGCGAUAUUGGCAGCCCUGGAACCCCCAGAGCCCAAGAAGAAGCGUAAAUGUGUGCUGCUCUGAGCAGUUCUCCACCCUCUCCUUGCUCUGCUAAAGCUGCCCAACAGCUUUGUACUCUAAAAGCAAUGUAGAAAAGAAGUGAGUUCUGUUUUUUUUUGGUUGGUUGUUUUUUUGGUUGGUUGUUUUUUUCUUCCUCCUUCUUGCAAUAAAUAAAGGCUACCCUACCUACAUACUCUCAAACACGUUCACACAGAUCAGUGUCGCACAACAGGGGUUUGUUCGGCUGAAGUUCCCGUCAAUGUAAGAACCUGUAGGGCCUUUUCCAUGUUUGAUAUGAGAUGCGUUUGUUUCUAUAGUUCAUGGGGAACUGUGGCAGUGCUGCCUUGACUUGGUUUGUCAUUUAACUGAGACUUAACAACUAAUUUCUCUUUUAAAUGUGUUUCUGGGUUUUUGUUUUUAUUUUUUGAGUAGUUACUGGCCUGAAGGACAAAAGCCCCCCCCCCCCCCCCCCCCAAGGCUUUAAAAAGAUGAGCUCCAAUUUUGCUUUUGCCAACACCCCAUGUGAUGGACGGUUGAGACGGUAACCAUGUAAAUAAGAGUGCUCUAAAUGAGUGAUCUCGACCUGUCACAAGAAUCAGUCUUUUCAAGGCAGGGAAAUGUCUAACAGUGUUAGAAGAACGAGUGGCGUGUCCUAAUGUGUUGCCAGGGAUGACAGAAGCAUUGCUUAGAAACUUGGUGUAAUGCAUGUAGGUAAGCCUCUGGGUUCCUUUAAGUUAACUUUAAUUAUUAAAAAAUGUAAGCUGUUGUAGGCUCCACUUGUUUUUACCAAAACAAUCUUCUUUUUCAUUGUGACCUUUUGUUGUUGUGGUUGUUUUUUCUCUCUCUCUCUCCCCCUCUCCCCCCUUCCUUUUUUUUCUUUUUUUUGUGUGUGUGUGUGUGUGUGUGUGCGCGCUAAAUUGUUUUGUUCCACUUUGUUUAGGGGCUGGAUCCUGACCAUACACUGCUCCAUCUGUGAGGCACCUCUCCUCUCAUCAGAAAGUAAAUAAAUAAGCAGGCAAAUUAAGCCUCUGUUACCCAUUAACCAAAUUAUCCAGUUUACUGUUGGUGUUGCACAGGUGGAUCAUGGUUGGUCUUUUCAGUCAUUUACUUUUGUUUUUGGUGUAAAACCAAAUACUACGUAUGAAGUCUGUCCUUUGUACUGUACAAGCAAUCUUUAAAUAUUAAACUUAUAUCUUAAUUGCCUUUA